CCGCUAGAAAGUAACUAGUGUUGCUAGACUCAGUAACUACCCCGCGCGUGUGGCAUUACCUCGGCGUCACCAUGGCUCCUGUGCUUGGCUACUGGAAGACUCGUUGUUAUGCACAGCCCAUCCGUCUGCUGCUUAAGUAUUUAGGAAUACCGUUCGAGGACCUGCGCUAUGAGGUUGGUCCUCCACCCACCUACGACAAGACUUGCUGGUUCUCCGUCAAGUACAACCUCGGCUUCGACUUUCCUAAUCUGCCGUACUACAUUGAUGGUGACGUGAAGAUCACUCAGACUGUAGCCAUCUUGAGGUACAUCGCCCGCCAGCACGACAUGUGUGGCAGGACGGAGCAGGAGCAGAUAAGGGUCGACAUGAUAGUCAACCAAGCCAUGGACUUCAGCCUGGCCUUAACUGAUGUUUGUUACUACCACUUUGAGAGAAAGGACGAGUUCCUAGCAGGGCUGCCCACCACCAUCAAGCAGUUCUCUGACUUCCUGGGAGAGAAGCCCUGGUUUGCUGGAGACACACUAACUAUGGCGGACUUCAUGAUGUACGAGUUCCUGGACCAGCACCUAGUCUUGGAUAGCGGCUGCCUGAGGGGCGCCACUAACCUGCAGUUGUUCAUGCAGCGGUUCAAAGACCUGCCACCUAUCCAGCAGUACAUGGCCUCGCCGGAAUUCAUGCACUCUCCGCUUUUCAAUAAGUACGCCAUCUUCGGCAACAAGUGAAGCUUCCAGUCUCCCUGAACUCUGAAUAUUCUACUAUGAUUCCGACGGUGCCAUAUAUUCGUACAGACCACCGAGGGGCGGAACAAUAUACCUGUGGGCAACUUUAUACGUGAUGAACGAAUAUAAACUAGUAUAAUGAUUGUACUGAAUAAAUUUAUUUCAACAGUA